GGAGGAGGCCGAAGAAUCGCGAUACAAUAAAGCAGAAUAUAAUUUGCUUGUAUUUGGAAGCCCAAAGUGUAGUUCGGGAGAGGUGGUUGGUUGUUGUUUAUACGCAUGCAAUCUUACCACCGUCGCAAAUGGCCCAGUGCCAUUGCCACUGUAAAAUACAGUAGCAGCCUCCUUUCUUAGGCGCUGUAAGAUGCGCCUGCGAGUGCCGGGCACCUGGCGGCCCUACCUACCCACCAGCUCGCGCACGUUCCCUUGUAUAGUUGCGUCGUGGAUCCCCUGUCUUUGGGGUGCUGAUUUUGGAAAGAGGAAGAGGAAAUGAAGAUGAUUUUCGAUGAUAUUUUCUUAUCCUUUGUAUUUUAUACUUUUUCGCUCGCGUCUGCGCAUCUGCCCAGUCGAGACAAAGGCACGAGUCGCAUGGCCCCAAACCUUCGUUCCCCCACUGCAGGGUCGUCGUGCACAGUAACAGCCUUUCAGGCGCUAGUGGGUGCAGUCUUCUCGCUAGCGGCAUCGUGGUUCCAACCAACGCUACGCCAUUUCCAGUUUCGAGGGUCCCCGCAGCGCCGUGGCAGUUGCUCUUCAGCGGACGUGCGUCUGUUUUUUCUUUCCCUUUUUGACUCUCACCCUCUUCACUACAUCUGGCUUUUCUUUAUGCCAACUAUUGCGCCGAUAUACCUUCUUUUAUUACUUCUCUAACCCGUCUUGCUAACCUUUGGCUUCGGUCGACAUCGCCAGCCGGCUGACUUCAUCUGCUUUCCGCGGCACUUGGUUUCCUCCCCCCCACCAACAACCACUGUCAGAAAUCUUGCCGCUUUCGUCGUGCGCAACGCUGCCCCUCGCCGUGCAACUUUCGAUAUACGCGACAAAACAGAGCGAUAUAAUUUCAAACCUCGAGAAAUUUCGAGAGCAAAUGUGUCAGCAGGCGUAAAGCACCUCGCGGCCUGUCACUCCGUGCUCCCCGACGGCACUCUCGCCGCUCACUCAAAACUCACAUACGCCGACUAUUGCCCACAACCAACAAAAUGCCCAUAAUCAAUGGAAUAAAGAUGGCUUGCGAGCCCUGCAUUCGCGGCCAUCGAUCUACAAAAUGCACUCACGCCGACGAACGUCUCAUGGUCCCAGUAAGAAAACCUGGCCGACCUUUGAGUACAUGUCCCCAUCCUGCCUCUCGUCCUUGCUUUUGCGCCGGGGUUACGGCAGCGAUACCGAAGAAGCAGGCGUGUCGAUGUGGCCCUGGGAGCAAAUCUACAAAGUCAGCUUCCAUUAAGAAGGAACCUGUCGAUGGAGAGCUCUCUAGCGGCAACAUUACACCUCCGAGCCCAGCACGAGCAGGCAGCUCGUCAUUUAAAGUAUCUAAAUCUUCAGCAAAAAGCUCAUCCGCCAGGUUAUCGCUUGACCCGAUGGGACUGGCGCGAAUGGACCCUGGCCAACUCCAGAUGCUCUCUGCUACUGACAUAACUACGACCAAUCACAUAACCAACGACGUCACAUCUACCAUGCCACCAUUAUCAGUAUACACCCAAACUAGUGGUAUGGUUACGGCGACAGGUUCCUUCUCACCCCAGUUUCACCAACCUCCACUACAAGCGCCGUUCCCGAUUCCGCAAGGUGCGAUAAAUGGGGACGCAAAGGCGAAUGGCGGAAGCUGUUGCGGUAGUAAACCAACUCAACUUGAGCCACCUACAAAAGCCCCGGUACCAGAGACGAAAAGCUGCUGCUCAGCCAAGCCGGAGCCCGAACGCCAAAAUGGCAUGCAUAACCCGGCUCAACAACAAACCAACGGGAUCCUGAUGCCACCGCCACAACAAGCUGUCGUUGCGAUGCCUAACGGAAUGUACGCAUACUACCAACCACCAACCGUUUUCAACUAUCCUCCUCAAUACGGCUCUUACAUGCAGCCGCUACAACCAGACCAGUGGAGGCAGGUUAUGAGCACUAUGAGCUACGGCCAACCGAUACCGCAGCCCAUGUAUGCAUUGUCCCAGGGUAUUGCUGGUCAAACAAAUGGGACUCAGAAUGGUGAAAAUUGGACAUCGCAUCAGUGCAGCUGUGGUGAUGGUUGCCAAUGUGUAGGAUGUGCGGCUCACCCGUACAAUGACGCGACCCAGGACUACGUCCGUUCCGCAUGGUCGUCCAUGAUGGUUGACCCUCAAAUGAACGGUUCGCGAAAUGCCUCUACAAAUGGAAGCGAUAUGAAUGGGCACAGCGAACACGGCGACACAAACGGUAUUUCGGUGUUGACAAAUGGAGCUGAAAUGACGAGAGCACCAUCGGCACCACAAACACCAUCCGACGCGACUUCGGGCUUAGCGGAAGAGCAAACGUUGUCAGCCAAUGACUUCUUCUUUGUCAGCUAUCCAUUUUCAGAUGGUUGUGAAGGAGAUAUGGGAAGCUGCCCUUGCGGUGACGACUGCCAAUGUAUAGGGUGUGCUAUUCAUGGCAACGCUGCACCAGAACCGUCAGCAGCACCGCAAACGUAAGACUGGCCAUGGUCCCAAGGUUUAUGUGGUGAGAGCGGAAAUUAUAGUGGUUUGGUGUUUUUGUAUGAUAAUAUAUCCCCUAUCCCGUUGAAAUUGAAUAUACUUUACAAAGCUAUUUUACUCUGCUUUGAAGCUAAGCCAGAUACUCAACACACACUCGUGAACCUGUCAGUACCAUGCCACUAGCACCGCUCAUAGUACAUUGGCUUUCUUUAGCUGCUAAUGAGAAGCAUUCAUUUUAUCAUAGAAAUUCAAACUUGG